CAUCGCCUUGGAUUUGAGGGGUUUCUACUCUCUGCAAAGUCGGAGGGGUCUUUUUUUUCCAAAGUGGUGCUUGUGAUGGAAAGACGAGAGGAGAUGGUGAUGCUGGCGGAGGAAGCUGAGCAUGGUAAAAACGCCUCAGGCUUGUCGGACGCGAGCGGGAACAGCGCGAGGGAGCCGCAGGGGAAGCAGAGUCUGCUGCACAGGGGCUGUCUGAGUCCCGGAGCUGCAGCGGCGGCGGCGGUGCCCUACUCCCGGGACAGGAGCGACCUCCUGGUGGUUGAAGAGAACGGACGCAGGAAUAUGUGCGCCGCCGACGGGAGGCCACUUGGCGCAUCCUCCACGGGGGAGAGACACCGGAGUGAUCAUCCUCUCAAGGACGGCAGCAGCUCGGACACAGAGUCGGACUUCUACGAGGAAAUUGACGUGAGCUGCACGCCGGAAGGCAUGGACUACACGAGUGGUAAAGGCAGGAAUGGAGAUUCUCCGGGUCACCGAGGAGACUCUGGCUCUGACCCCGGUAAGACUGUGCCUGGGCAGGGCUCUCUGUCCUACACAGCCGACCAGAUUCGUCGGUACCGGACUGCGUUCACACGGGAGCAGAUCGCACGCCUGGAGAAGGAGUUUUACCGGGAGAACUACGUGUCCAGGCCGAGGAGAUGCGAACUGGCAGCGGCGCUGAAUCUGCCUGAAACCACCAUCAAGGUGUGGUUCCAGAACCGCAGGAUGAAGGACAAGCGUCAGCGUCUGGCCAUGACGUGGCCUCACCCUGCGGACCCGGCCUUUUACACGUACAUGAUGAGCCACGCCGCGGCCACGGGCAACCUGCCCUACCCUUUCCCAUCCCACCUGCCUCUGCCGUACUACUCCCACCUAGGCAUCGGAGCAGGUUCGACUCCGACCGCCGCCCCUUUCUCCAACCCGCUGCGCUCCCUCGACAGUUUCCGGAUGCUGUCUCAUCCCUACCAGAGGCCGGAGCUGCUGUGCGCCUUCAGACAUCCAUCACUGUACACGGGGCCGACCCACGGCCUCGGACCUGGGGGAACUCCCUGUUCUUGCUUGGCCUGUCACUCCAGUCAGUCCAACGGUCUGUCCAGCAGGCCCCCCGCCACAGACUUCGGCUGCUCUCCAACCAGCAGAACUGACGCUUUUGUCACUUUCACGCCUUCGGUGCUCAGCAAAUCCUCACCUGUGACACUGGACCAGAGGGAGGAAGUGUCUCUGACCAGAUAAAA